GGGUCAGAUAGAGAGGGGAAAAAGGUUACCUCCAAGUUCUGGCAAUGAAAUUUCGGCCAAAACUAUCGCUCGUCAGUCGUUUACGGAUACCGCGACAGUAGUCUUGGCUCCCCAAGUGUUCUCGCUUCGAUCGUGUCUAAUUGAACUCGAACAACAAUUGCUCAGAGGUCCAAGCAACUGUAAGUUGCUUCUGUGACUUUUUGAGUGGAAUAAUCGCGGGGAGAAUGCAGUCACCUGCUGUUAUCGUUGCAUAACAAACCGGGUAGACGAUGAGAGCCUCGAAGAGCACGGACCUGGCGAUGAUGAUGGCUACCUAUGGCCUGCGAUUCCUCGUUGUCGUCUUCACGAUCGCGGCAGCUGCCACAUUUUUGCACGUGAAUAAUUACAGGCCCAAACAAAUAUUUCUCUCGUGCGACAGACCAUGCCAUCACCUGGACUGGCCCAUGAUUUGUCGAGUGAAACUGACUUUGGAAGUGUUUCAGUCACUUAGCAAAUCGUGCGGCGAUUGUCCAAGGAACGAGACCGCGUGUUUGGCCGACCAUUGCGUCUCGGCUGAUGGACAGAGACGAGGUAUACUGACCGCGAAUCGUCAGAUGCCUGGACCCACUAUUCAGGUAUGCGAAAACGACAUCCUCGUGGUGGACGUGAUCAACAGGCUUCCAGGUAAAGCCGCCGCGAUACAUUGGCGGGGUCAGAGCCAGCUCGAGACACCGUACAUGGACGGCUCCCCUUUGGUCACUCAAUGCCCGAUACCGAGUUACACCACUUUCCAAUAUAAAUUCCGCGCCUCCGCCGCUGGAACGCAUUUGUGGCACGCUCACGCUGGGGACGACGUCUCGAAUGGCAUAUUUGGGGCGUUGAUAGUGAAGCAAGCGGACAUAAGGGAUCCUCACAGGGCAUUGUACGACGUCGACGACUCGAAUCACGUGAUUCUGGUGAGCCAGUGGCAGCACUCGGGCGAGAUCACGUUCACGGACGGCCACGCGAAACCAGCCAUCCUUUUGGUGAACGGACGGGGACGUCAGCCGAAUGGGCCGAGGGUUCCUCUGACCAAGUUCACCGUGCUCCCUGGCCGACGUCACAGAUUCCGGUUGGCCAACGCCGGUGGCGCUGGAUCCUGCCCAAUAACUAUCCUCGUCGAUGCUCACCCCCUUCUUCUGAUCGGCCUUGACGGCCAGCCAGUCGAACCACGACAAGUCGCGUCGAUCACUUUGGCCAAAGGGGAGAGAGCGGAUUUCGUUCUGAAAGCGAAUAAACGGAUAGCUUCCUACUGGAUCAACGUACACACGUCGAAAGAAUGCGGAACGAGUUCCAUAAAUGGGGCUGCGAUAUUGAACUAUAAGGGAAGUUCAACGGAGGACCCGUUGCCCAGAACGGCGGAACCCGUCCAACAGCCGGAAGCCGAGGAAUCGAACGAUCGAGUCGCGAUGACGACAAACCCAGCGGACAAAUGUGGAAAUCCCGAGAGUCUGUGCGUGAUGGAAGUGCACUCGUUGAGGAAGAUGCCAUCCGACUUGGGGAAACAGAAAACAGACGUCACCGUUCGUUUGCCCAUUAAUUACAAGCUUCAAACGAACGACAUCGUAGGAAACGGGGUCGAGACGAGAGUUCUGAACGUGAACAACGCCACGUUCACGUAUCCCUCGUCGCCCUUGCUGUCGCAGGGUGGAGACGUCUCCGGCGAGACUAUGUGCUAUUCCACCCCCGACGAGGACGACGCUCGCGUCGAGAACAACGAAACUGCAUCGUUGUCGUCGCGACGCUGUCGCCACAGCGAUGCCACCGCCUCCAACGUUUGCGAAUGCGUCCAUGUGAGGUAUAUACCGCUCGGAGCCACGGUCGAGAUCAUUCUCCUCGAUCAAGGUGGCCUCGACGAUCUGGUGUACCAUCUGCACGGAUACACGUUCUACGUGGUCGGGGCUCGAAAAUUCGGACGCAGCGUGUCUCUGAAAGAAUUGAAGAGCAUGGACGACAAGGGGCAAUUGUUCUCUCGGAAUCUCGACUGCACGGUUGCUAAGGAUACCGUGGUCGUGCCGAAAUUUGGCGCGGUUGCUCUCAGAUUUAAGGCGAACAACCCAGGUUAUUGGAUGUUGCGGGACGAGCACGCGGCCGAAUGGACACGUGGAUUGGACGUGAUUCUCCAAGUUGGGGAAACGAGCGACAUGGUGCCGGCUCCGGAAGAUUUUCCCAAGUGUGGAUCCUUCGUCGGNCCGGAAUACUUUCUCAUAUAAUGUUUCUCGUAAGGAUCGCGUACACCGUGUACAUAGUUGUAAAUAAAUACGGAGAGACUGAAAGUGUGCACUCGCAAAUAUAUUUCGUUUCUUUUUUUCUU